AUGAAACCAUCUCUCAGUUUUUCUUUAACACUGUUCGUUAUCCUUGCAUGUUUCACAUGUUCAAUCCUGACAAGUGAAUGUGGUCCUGGAUAUUACAAACAAUUUAGUUUUAUUCCAUGUCAUCAGUGUGAACCAGGAAAAUUCUGUCCAGGUGAUGAUAAAUCACAUGAUUGUGCACAUGGAAGUGUUUCUGGAAUAUUUGGUGCUAGUUCAUGUUAUGUGUGUCCAUCCAAGAGAAGUAAUGGACAUAGAACUGCAUGUUUGUUGGAGGAUACUCCAGAGGAUGCAAGUGAGAUAGUGGAUGGUCAUGUGUUUGAAGUACAUGCAGCAAAGAUUAAUAAUGUUUACAUGAGUUUGGAUCCACAAGUUUCUGAAAAUGAUAUUGCACAAGUUUCGUUUAUUGGAAAGAAUCAGUUUGAUGGAGUUACUGUAUAUGCUUCUUUGAGAAGUGGUUAUCCAACACCUGCCAAUUCAGUUUCCCAAUCUUCUGGAUUGAAUGCAACUGUUUCAUUCUCUAGAGAUAUCCACAAUUUCACAAUCGUUUACUUUAGUUUAUUUUCAAACUCUAAAGCUUCAUUAACCAUUCUUCCAAAAUUGUUUACCCACUUUACUACUGAAUAUUCCUUGAAAGAUAAUUCACUCUCCCUUAGUAACUUGAAUUUCGAUCAAACAAUCAAUCUCAUCCAAUUCAAGAAAGAUUUCAUUCCAAAAAAUACACCUGUCAAUGUCAAAUUCCAACUAACAGGCAUUAAUUAUUCAUAUCCUUAUCAAUUAUUAUAUUCUACCAAUCCUUCUCUAUAUCAAUUGAAUCCAAACAAUGCAAAUUAUCAAAUCCAAGCCAAGAGAAAUCAACUUGUGCAAUUCACAGUCAAACAAUCAAGAGAUGGACCUUUCGUAUUUGCCUUAUUUGAUGGUACUACUCUCUUUAAUGUGAAUAUUAAUAUAACUCUCAAUUAUUAA